AUGGACUCGCUCGUUGGCCGUAUGGCAGGGGCCCCAAUACCCGCGCCCAUCCAUCUAGGGGCAACCCCCUUUUCAUUCGCGCUCCAUGUGGGCACAGUCACCCCAGACUUCGAUCCAGUGCCUUGCGCCCAGCUGCUGGACCUAGCCAACGAGGAUGUCAAAUUCAGGAGUGGUUUUGUUGAACGAUUGCAAGACAUUCCGGCUACCGACCUCGCCGAUUACGUAGCCUUGGCUUCCCAACACCACGAGGAAUACGUGGACAAGCUCGGUUUGGCGACUGUGGGAAAGCUCGGCGGGCUGUCCAGCUUUCUAUGCGAGGAAGUGGUCUACAUGCACGAUAACUUAUGGGACCAGAUCGACAGUCGCGAGCGUCACAUUUACUCACUCCGAGACAAGAACCGACAGCUCGAGAUGGACAUCAAGACGGUCCAAGAAUCGGUUUCCGUCGCACCAAGUCCUCUCUCCCGCGAGCUUCAUGAGGCCACCAAGAACUUUCUGCGAAAAAUCACCGGCGUCACGGACGUCGAAAAGUCGGUCCUCGCCAAGCUCACAGCUGCUAUUUCCCCCCAUAUCAAUGACUUCACGCUAGUGGAGGCAACCUGGGUCCCUCACGUGUUCCGCUUCCAUGCUGACUACCUAAUGGAUACGCUGAAUAUCCAACUCGAAGCAGAAGUCCAGAAGCUCGGGCAAGGAUCGAGGAACAGCACCGGUGGGCCUGUCCUUGAGAGGCGCAGAAAGUCAAAGGGGCCGGUGUCCGACGCAUGGACGCUACGUGAGGUCAGAUUCAAGCAACGGACGCAGAAAUUGUUGUCGUCCCUUGACCAGGCCAUCCUGUCUUCUGAGAGACCAAAGCAUUAA